CAAAGAAAAAUAAUCAGCAACCUUAUCAGCUCUUCAAAAAUUCUGAUAAAGAGAAAUACUUCUCCAGUAAUACAUAAAAUAUUCUACUAAUACUUGCCGAUCAGUUUGUGGAAUCUGUUCUGAACCAGCAGGAGAAAUGGCAGAGGCUAUUGUGUCCUUAGCUGUUGAAAGAAUUUUAGAUUUACUCAUCCAUGAAGCUGUUUUCCUCAAAGAUGUGAAAGAUCAAGUUGAGAGCCUAAACGCUGAACUUAAGCGAAUGCAGUGUUUCUUGAAGGAUGCGGAUCGCAAGCUUGAACAAGAUGCGCGUUUCCAGAAUCGGGUGUCGGAAAUCAGAGAUCUUGCUUAUGAUGCUGAAGAUGUCAUCGACUCUUAUAUUCUUAAAGCAGCACAUCAACGAGGUUUUCUUAGGAUUAUCAAGAGAUUCACCUCCAUUUUCACCAAACCUUGUCAUCUGCAAAAAAUCGGGGUGCAGGUCAAAGCAAUCCAGACCAAGCUCCAAAAUAUUUCCAAGAAUCUUCCAGCUUAUGAGAUAUCCGGUGAUGGAGAAGGCUCUAGCUCAAUUAUCAAGGUGCAACAACGGUUAAGGACAUACUCACAUGUCGAGGAAGAGGACGUUGUUAGCUUGGAGGUUAGCACCAAGGAUGUCAUGACCAUGUUGAUGACUGAAGAAGAUAGACCCCACGCCGUCGUUUCCAUAGUCGGCAUGGGGGGCAUCGGUAAGACUACUCUUGCCAGAAAAGUAUAUAAUCAUGUUGAGGUUAGACACCAUUUUGAUUACUUGGCUUGGGUUUAUAUAUCUCAACAAUGUAAGCCUAGAGAAGUUGUACUUAGUGUCUUGAUGGAAGUUCUCUCUCCUUCUAAAGAUGAAAGAGAGCUAAUUGAGAAACUGGACGAGAAUGAGCUGUGGAAAAGUCUUUUUGAUGCUUUGAAAGAAAAGCGGUAUUUGGUAGUCCUCGAUGAUAUCUGGAGAAGCGAGGAUUGGGAUAUUCUUAAACCUGCUUUUCCACGAGGAAGAAAGGGAAGCAAAAUAUUGUUCACUACACGCAACAGGAAUGUAGCUUUACUUGCCGAUCCUUGCAACACUCCCAAGGAGCUCUCACUUCUUACAGAUGAUGAAAGUUGGAAUCUUUUGUGUAGGAAAGCGUUCCCAAGGAGCAAAAUGGGUUCUCAAUGCUGCUCAGAAGAAUUUGAGAAGCUUGGAAAAGAGAUGGUGAAAAAAUGUGGAGGUCUGCCUUUAGCAAUUGUUGUGUUGGGAUGCUUGCUGGCAACAAAACAGUCAUUGGCUCAAUGGGAGAUGGUUCACAAAAACAUCCAUGGACACUUAAAUGAGCUCCCACACCAAGAUCGUCAAUAUGGUGUAGUGAACAGAAUUUUAGUUUCAAGCUACAAUGACUUGCCUUAUCCUUUAAAACCAUGCUUUUUGUAUCUUAGUCAUUAUCCAGAAGAUUGGGAGAUACCAAAAAAAGAACUCAUUUGUUUAUGGAUCGCUGAAGGUUUCAUUCCGAAAACCGAAGAAUUCUCGAUGGAGGAUUUAGGCGAAAAAUUCCUAGAAGAGCUUAUAGAUAGGAGCUUGGUUCAAGUUAGCAGGCGAGGCUAUACAGGAACAAAUGUCAAGACAUGUCGAGUGCAUGAUCUCUUUAGGGACUUGUGCACGAAGAAAGCAAGAGAGGAGAAGUUCUUGGAAAUUAUUCAACAACCAUCGGCUGAAUUGGAUGUGACAUUGGCAGAACCUAUGCUACGAAGAAUUUCUAUUCAUCCUAGUGAACGGAAAGUUCAUUUGAAGGGAGAGCAUCCAAAAUUACGUUCUUUGUUGUUGCCUGGAAAGGAGACAUUGCAAGAAUUGUGCAUUUCAAAAUGCAAAAGCUUUAAAUUUUUAAGGUUGUUGACUCUUCUAAAAAGGUGCAACUACAAAAAGUGGCAUGUGUCGACUGAAAUCGGUAAUCUCUUACAUUUGAGAUAUUUGAAGUUAGGAUGCCGAUACAGAAUGAUUUUGCCGCCAUCUAUUGGCAGGUUGAAGAGUUUGUACACUUUAUACAUCAAGUUUAAUUAUGGCGUUGUAAUUCCAGAUGUCGUGUUCAAGUUAGAAAGUUUAAGGCAUAUUGUAUUAAAAGGGGGGGCGGAGUGGAUGGAAAGAGGAAUUCCUUUGCGGCCAGAGUUGAUCACUUCAAAAAAUAUUGAAACUUUGAAGUCCGUAGUGGUGGAUGAGAAGCCUAUUGAUUAUAAUGUGGUGUUUAGGUUGACUAAUAUUCAGAGUUUAGGAAUAGUAUUUGCAAGAAUAAAAUAUCUGAAGCCUAUCCUAAUAUUGCUAGCCAAAUUGCAACGUCUUGGGUCAUUGUCCUUAGAGUUUUUAGACCUUUCAUACCCAUCAUAUCUAGACUUAGAACCCCUUUCUCAAUGUCAUCAUCUCUCCAAACUGAGAUUAAUGGGGGCGAUAGAAGAAGGUCCAAAUCCAAGGCAUCAUGUUUUGAAAUUUCUUCCUCCAAAUAUUGUUAAAUUAACUUUGUGUGAUUGUAAGAUGAGGCAGGAUCCGAUGGGUGUAUUGGGAAAGCUAUGUCAUUUGAGAAUUCUCUAUUUGUUUAAAACAUAUAAUGAGAGAAAAAUGAUCUGCGUUGCCAAUGGGUUUCCUCGACUUGAUUCUCUUACAAUGAUUAUUGGUCUAAAAGAGUUAAACGAGUGGGAAAUAGAAGAAGGCGCAAUGUCAUGCCUUCGAAGAUUGGAGUUGGCCCAUGUUAGUAGUUUAAGGACGCUUCCAGCAGGAUUGAAGCAUGUUACUACUCUCCAAGAAAUGAUAUUAACAUAUAUGAGUUCGUCAUUGAAAGGAUUAAAGUGAUAAAUGGAAGAGAAGGAGAGGAUUUCUAUAAAGUGCGCCAUAUUCCUUCCAUCCACAUUUGAUCCCAAAUAGUUGGAGCCAACAUCACAUGAGUUAACCUAAUCGACCCUGAAAUGUACUUCACUGGAAAUUCAGCUCAUCAAGUGUGUCUAUUUUUUUUUUAGGUAUUGGAUUGCUAUAUAAUAUGAGCUUGAAUGAAGUGAUUGUUUAUUAAUAAUUUGGUAAGAGUAUAUAGUUCUUAUGAUCAAUUAAUGUAUUCAAUAUUUUCUUCAAUUGUCUUUUAGCAUUAGUACUUGCUUCAAGCCACUAAAAAUCUAAAUUUAUAUGGAAGGGUUGUGAUCUGCUUAUACUAAAUUAAUCACACAGGAUGGUAGUUUCUUAAA